AUGCACGAGCCCAUCAAAAUCCAGCCCGGUCUGGCUGCCCCGCCGGGAUCAGUGCGCUGGAUGACCACGCCGGAAAAUCUGCAUGAUUGCCCCAAGGGGAUGGAGUACUUGGCGAUGGUAGAUGAGCUGCAAGUUCGACAGGAGGUCGACGUCACCGAGCAGUUCAUGAACUGGGAGUCGAAGAACCACUACACGGUGAUGAACAAGCAUGGCGAGAAGAUCUACGACGUCGUCGAGGAGUCGAACAUGUGGUUCCGCCAAUGCUGCAAGCAGCGCCGCGGCUACACCAUGCACGUCAUCGACAACUUCAAGGAGGAGGUGAUCCGCAUCGACCGUCCGUACAAGUGCUGCAACUCGGACAACUACUGCUGGGCUUGCUGCCCGUGUUGCGCCCAGUUUUCGACGAUCGAAGCCCCGAUCGGGCAGACGAUCGGCACCGUGCGCCAGCGCUGCGCGUGCUGCUCCCCUUGUUUCUACAUCCGAGACGCGAAUGGCCGCAAUAUUUUCAGCAUCGAGGGCCCUUGCACCUGCUGCCUCAAGUGCUGCACGUUUUGCGGGAAGGUCUUCCGCGUGUCCAGCGUCGAAACCGGGCUCGAAGUGGCGCAAAUUACGCGCAAGUGGAAUGGCUACGCGAAGGACCGAUUCACGAAUGUCGAUUUGUACGGCGUGACUUUCCCCAUGGACCUCGACGUGCGGAUGAAGGCCAGUCUGAUGGCGCUCGUGUUCUUGAUUGACUUUAUGCACUACGAGGAGGAGCCCGACCACAAGAAGGAGCAGCGCGAUGCGAAGAAUCGCCCCGACGAGUCG